CCAGUUCGAGUUUAAUUUCUCCUCACCAUCACGGUGGCAAUCGUCACUUCCUCCUCCUUCUCCUCCUCCAUCCAUGGCGGGGUCCUCAUCUUCAUCGAUCAUGGACAAUCUCUUCCAACGCACACUGGAAGAUCUCAUCAAAUCCCUCCGCCUCCAGCUCCUCCCGGAAUCCACCGCCAUCUCCAAAGCCACAGAAGAAAUCCGCCGCGAGAUCAAAUCCACCGACCCCAGCACCAAAUCCACCGCCCUCGAAAAACUCACCUACCUCUCCGCCGUCCACGGCGUCGACAUGACCUGGGCCUCCUUCCACGUCGUCGAAGUCAUGUCCUCCUCGCGAUUCUCCCACAAGAGAAUCGGUUACUACGCCGCCGCAACUUCCUUCCACGACGACACCCCCGUUCUCCUCCUCAUCACCAACCAGCUUCGCAAAGAUCUCUCCGCCGCGAACAACCCCUUUGAACCCUCCCUCGCCCUCCACUGCCUCUCCAACAUCGCCACCACCGAUCUCGCCAGAGACCUCACCCCGGAGAUUUUCAACCUCCUUUCAUCUUCUAGGGUUUACGUUAAGAAGAAAGCAAUCGCCGUCGUUUUGAGAAUCUUUGACAAGUACCCUGACGCUGUCAGGGUCUGCUUCAAGCGAUUGGUGGAGAAUCUAGAAAGCUCCGACCCUCAGGUUGUGACCGCGGUGAUCGGCGUUUUCUGCGAGCUUGCCGCGAGGGACCCGCGAUCGUAUCUCCCGCUCGCGCCGGAGUUUCAUAGGGUUUUGGUUGAAUCUAAGAACAAUUGGGUUCUCAUUAAGGUGUUGAAGAUAUUUUCAAAGUUGGCUCCAUUGGAACCUAGGUUGGGGAAGAGGAUAGUUGAGCCUGUUUGUGAUCACAUGAGAAGAUCUGGGGCUAAGUCAUUGGUUUUUGAGUGUGUGAGGACUGUGCUAACUUGCUUUAGUGAUGAUGGGGAUUAUGAUUCUGCUGUUAACCUUGCUGUUGCAAAGGUGAAGGAGUUUCUUGCUGAUCAGGAUCCCAAUCUCAGGUAUCUGGGGUUGCAAGCACUUUCAGUUGCUGCAACGAGACACUCGUGGGCAGUCUUGGAGAACAAGGAAGCUGUGAUUAAGUCGUUGAGUGAUGACGAUUCUAACAUCAAAAUUGAAUCGCUGUGUUUGUUGAUGGCGAUGGUGUCUGAGAGCAAUGUGGUGGAGAUAUCCAGGGUGUUGCUGAAUUAUGCAUUGAAAUCCGACCCGGAGUUUUGCAAUGAGAUUUUAGGUUCCAUUUUGGUGACAUGUAGUAGGAAUGUGUAUGAGAUCAUUGUUGACUUUGAUUGGUAUGUGUCUCUUCUUGGAGAAAUGGCUACGAUUCCUAAUUGUCAAAAGGGUGAGGAGAUUGAGAAUCAGCUUGUUGAUAUUGGCAUGAGAGUUAAGGAUGCUAGGUCGCAGCUUGUUCGGGUUGGUCGCGAUUUGUUGAUUGAUCCGGCGUUGCUAGGUAAUGUGUACUUGCAUAGGAUAUUGUGUGCUGCUGCUUGGGUUUCAGGGGAGUAUGUUGAGGUUGCUAGCAAUCCAUUGGAGCUCAUGGAUGCACUCCUACAACCUCGUACCAAUCUCUUGCCACCAUCCAUAAGAGUAGUUUAUAUUAAUGCUUCUCUCAAGGUUUUAAUUUUUUUCUUGGAAUGUUACCUUUUGCAAAAUGAUGGUGGUGAUUGUGAAUCCUCAAAUUCUGCUAUUAACUUGUAUAGUGUAAAAAAGAACCCUGAGGCUCCUGAAUUAGCAACAGGUCAAGGUUCAAAUUAUGAACAGGAUGAGGGGUUUAACCCAAGAAACACAGCUGACUUUUCUGAAGAUCUUUCGGUUGAAAACGACACUGAUGGAGUUCUCACUGAUGGUCAGACAUUUACACAUUCUCUUUUGGCAAAGAAGGAUUUCUCACGUGAAUCUAUUGUAAGCCUGUUAAGUCGAAUUGAAUUGGUUUUUGGUCCACUAGCAGCAAACCCGGAUGUUGAAGUGCUGGAGAGAGCUCGUAACAUACUUAGCUUUGUUCAGUUGAUUAAAGCUGAAAUAAUUGACAAUUCAGUUCAGAAUGCGGAUAUUAUGGACAAGAAAUAUACUCAAGUUUCAGCUAUUAUCAAAUUGAUGCGUGAUGCUUUUUCUGUGGAACUUGGUCCAGUCUCGGUAAGUGCACAGGGAAGAGUUGCUGUACCAGAUGGAUUGGAUCUUAAGGAGAAUCUUGAUGACUUAAAAGCUAUAUGUGGUGAUAUUGAGCUACCCACAUCAAGUUCAUUUAGCACUGGGGGCCCUCACUUUGCCACUACUUCUGAUGCUUCUUCAUCUAAUCUUUUGAAAAAUGAAGAGUCAGGGUCAUCAAAUGAAUCUACAUCCUUGCUUGAACACCGGAAGCGGCAUGGAUUGUAUUACCUUCCUUCAGAGAAGGGUGAGAUUGUUCCAAGAGAUUAUCCUCCUGCAAAUGACCCAAAGUCAAACAGUAAUAAUGAUGAAGCUGCAGAGCUAGCCAAGUUGACAGAGCAAUCACUUCUUUUGAAGAAAAAGACAAACCAAAUGAAGCCCAGGCCUGUUGUGGUGAAAUUGGAUGAUGGGGAUGUUGCACCAGUUUCAGUCAAAAGCCCCGAGCCAAGGAAUGAUUCUCUUUCUGUUGCUGUAAAAGAUGCUCUUCUAGGAAAUGAAACCAGGUCGAGUUUGUCUCGAGGCAAUCCUUCUGAUAAGUCAUCUAGUAAGCGGAAAGAGAAGAAGAAACUAGGCACAUCCUCUGAAAUGAAAGAAAAUCUAGGUGAUGCAGAAAAGCCUGAUACUGAAAACCCAAAUACCAGUGAAAAUCAUGGUCAUAAAGAGAGAAGGCGGAGAGGUAAGGAUAAGAUUGUUGAAGGGGAAGAACAUGGUCAGAAGGUAAAGAAAAAGAGCAGCCACCGCCAUGGUAGGCGCAAAACUCAUCAAAGAGCUGAAUCACCCUUAAAUGUGGUUUCCCAAACACCAGUAAUUCCUGAUUUUCUUUUGUAGCAUUUAAGGAUUUUGAUUUGUCAUCACCUUUUGUUUUUGAUAGAGGCUGUUUACCUGUAUCUUAGUGCUGAGCCUUUAACCUAGUUCCAUAGAUUUUUGUUUUCCUUUGUGUGUGUCAUUUCUUGUAAUUUGUUGAUACUUGAUACUAUUUUCAUUGCUUGUUGCCUGUUUUUUGUAUAUUUCACAGAACGAGCAUAUUAAGAAGUAAAAUUUCAAGUUGUUGUUUGGCUGGC